ACAAUUUAUUGAUUAAAUAAAUUGUUCUGUGAUAGGACUCGGUCAGGCAUGCCAACUGAAACUUUCUUUUGGUUCGCUAUCGUCAUUCGCCGUUCCUUCCGUGUGCUCCCGUGCGAUGAGAAAAGAAAUGGCAGCGGUGUCAGAAUCAAAGAUGUUCUCUGUACCAUUGACAAUACUUUUUCGCGUAGUGGGUCGAGUUUCUUGAUGUCAUAUGCUAUCAUCCGUACGAUCCGUACGAGAGGUGCUAACGAGUACGAUCCGAGUAUAAGGAGUAAUUGUUAACGGCGUCUCGAUUGUUGUAUUCUCAGUAAAUAAACACUUUGACUUAAAAGAAGCCUUAUGUCUGAGUAUGAUAGCAUGUCAUUUAGUUUAAGCCCAGAAGGGAAUUGUAAGAAUGAUAAGGUUCAAAUGCAGUCCAUCAACCUCGUUUGUCCAGUCUGCGACGCUGGAUACAUAAAUAAGAAAGAGUUUUACAGUCAUUUGCGCAUCCACGCAGGAGACGUGUUAUUAAAGCAAGUGCAGUGUUCAAGGAAAGACGAGAACGAUGAAUCGGAGACGGAGCCGGAGUAUUCUAGUCAAAAGAAAAUCGUCGAUAACUUCUACGAAAAUAUCCUGAGACCUUUCAAAUGCCAGCAAUGCGAGCUGACUUUCGACAGAGCUUCUCAAUAUGACUAUCACCACAGGAGUAUACACUUGGGCGAGAAGUCGCAGCUCUGCGAAAUAUGUGGUAAAAGUUUCUUUCGCAAGACAGACUUAAGAACUCAUCUGAACAUCCACCUGGGCACAAACAUAUGCAUCUGCGAAGUCUGCGGGAAAAAAUUCAAUCACAUAUCCAAUCUGAUCAGACACUGCAGAAUGCAUUCCGGGGUGAAACUGUAUCCGUGUUCCAUCUGUGGUAAACGUUUCACGCAGAUAAGCUCUCUUGCGAGGCACAAACGUAUUCACGAGAGAACAAAGGAUGAUGCUAAGUUCCAGAAUAAUUCUAACAAUGGAAGUUCGGAGAAAAAGGAGUCGGCGACGAGUAAGAACAAGUUUGUUGAAGGUAGUACAUCUAAUCUGCAAAAAGUUGUUAAACGACAACAUUAUUGCAAAAUUUGUGGUGAGAGUUUCAAUUUUAUCUUUCUCUUAAGGGAACACGAAAAGUCUCAUUCACGAAGUUCAGAAUGCAAAAAUGAUGCGACGAAUUUUCAGGAAACCGUAGAAUUUAAAGAACAGCAACAGCCCGUUGAUAAUAUUGGCUUCCUCGGAAGUGAAACAAACGUUAGAAACGUAUCGCCACUGGAUACGAUCAUUUAUAUCACCUCGGAACAGUUGAAGAAAAUCAAUCUGGAAAAUAUCGAGGACAGCGGGAAUUGCGUUUCCCGAAAAGAUUUGUGCGAAGAGAGACUCUUGCCGGAUGAAGAAUUAAAUGUUUCAGACAAGAUCACGUUUGACAAUGAACAGAGUCCCCUUGUUCAUGACAAUCCGUUUCUUUUAUGUAAAUCCGACGAGUCCGUAGAGAGGGACAACAUAUCGUACAUUUGUCAAGAUGAGAACGUUCGUAAAACUAAAUUAUGUCCAGAUAUGUGCGAGUCGAAUUUAGAUAAAUCCGAGCCGAUACUGAAUUACGAUACUUUAAUAAGUAGUUCUGUGAACGUCACCGAUAUGUUCCAAAGGAUAGAUCUUUCAGAGCCUAAUACCGAUGAUAUCAAUCUUAAUUGUGAUCCAAGUUUGCAUAAAAAUGAUGAAGCUAACAAUUUGGCGCAAAACGAAAAACUCUCCAGCGACUUGAACGACGCCAAUAACAUCGUGAAUCAAGACGAACCGAUGCUGCGUUUAGUACAAACAGAAACAGGGGAACAAUUUUACGAAUUUCUGAUUAACAAUUUAGUUGAAAAAUUACCUAAGAUACUGGACAGCAAAAAUGAGAAUAUAAAUCUGAACGAGGAGAAUCAUCAGGAGCAAAGUCUGAGAGACGAUAUGAACAAUGAAUUGAAUUAUUCGCAAUACGAAUUACAAGGCGAGGAAAAGGGUUUCAGUGCGAAUCAGAUUCUAUUGGACACGCAAACCGACUUCGAGAAGUACGUCGAGUCGAAUUUCGAAGUGUUCGAAAGGCUGAAUUACGACGAUAGCCCCGACAGGUUUCUCGAAUUCGUAGAGACCGCAGGACUCGGUAAUUCGAGUACAAAAAUUUCCGAUUGCAACGAAGAGAGUGAACAGUUCUUACAGUUUCAAAAUUUUGGCCCGAUCGAUGCGAUACCAGAAAGCGAGAAGAGUUACAACACUGUUAACAACGAGAACGAGAACGGUAACGGUGGAAUCGUUGAAACGAAUGAGAAGCAAGAGCAAUCGAGCGAGGGCAGUAUUAAUAACAAUGAACAGUCGAAGAACGAACAGGACUUGAAAAAGUUGAAAACAUUUUUAAUCAAGUUUCAAUGCACCGUAUGCGAAAAAUCGUUUUCAACUAGUUACAAUUAUAAACAGCACAUAGGUACUCAUUUCGCGGACCAACAAAAGUUUCACUGCAAGGAUUGCAACAUGUCUUUCGCUUGGAAAUCGACGUUGAACAAACACAUCGCCAACAAUCACAGACCUGAAGGGCCGCAGAAAUUCGCGUGUGAUAUAUGUAACAAGAUUUACAACACCUCUUCGCAAGUGAAUGAGCACGUGAAACGCGAUCAUCUGAAGCAGCGGAACCACGUCUGCUCUCAGUGCGGUAAAUCGUUUUUCAAGAAGUACGAUUUGAAGAUACACAACAGAAUUCAUACCGAUGAACGGCCCUACGUUUGCCGUGCCUGUGGGAAAAGGUUCCAUCACCGCAGCCACAUAGUCCGUCACGAGCGUAUACAUUUCUAGGAGGUCAUAUGAAAUUACCGAUUUGUUUAGUGAUAUAGAGAGCAGAAUGGAAAUAGGUUUGAAUUACUUUAUCGAAUUAAGAUUAAGUAUCAUACGUUGGUCUAUUAUACUACUCAAAUAUUGUAAUGUAACUAUGAAUGACACUUAUUGUAAAGCAUUUUAAGGCCGUUUUGUAAAUGACUAUUUUUUAAUAAAAGUAAAGAACAUUAA